UCAAUUAAGAUACAUUUUUUUAGGGUUCUUAUUUCUUUUGGGGGUUUUUGACAUUUCAAUUUGGUGGGAAAGAUAGAUUAGAUAAAACCCCAACCAGUUCAAACACCUGCCGAUUCAAACUCCUCAAUUUUAUCAGUACUUGGCGCAAUUAAGUAUCAAAAGGAUCGCUGUUUUUGUGGAGAUCCUUACCUAAAUCAGUGCAGUAUUUUCGUGUUUGUAGUGAGCUGUCAGUGGGUGCACUUCUGCUGUCGUAUUGCCAUAUCAAGAGUACAGUCGAUAAUCUGGUGAAGUGUCGAAUAUGGAGUGCAAUAGGGAUGAAGCAAUGAGGGCAAAAUCUAUCGCCGAGGCGAAGUUGGAGCAGAGGGACUUUUUUAGUGCGAAAAAGUUCGCCUUGAAAGCACAAAAUCUGUACCCAGGCUUGGAUGGUAUUUCCCAGCUGCUGAUGACACUCGAUGUGCACAUUUCAGCAGAAAAUAAAAUCAACGGGGAAACAGAUUGGUAUGGAGUGCUCGCUGUGAGCCCCUCUGCGGACGAGAACACGAUAAAGAAGCAGUUCAGGAGAUUGGCUCUUCUGCUGCACCCGGACAAGAACAGCGCUAUCGGUGGAGAUGGUGCGUUCAAACUUAUUUCCGAGGCCUGGAAGUUGCUGUUGGACGAGGGGAGAAGGAAGGUUGGCCUACAACCAACGAAGAGGAAUUAUCGGAUUCCAUCAGAGAAUUCCGGUACACACUGGCGGUGCACCUUCAGCGCACACUGGUUGUGCACCAUCAGCACCCUGCACUAGCGGUGCUCCAUCAGCGCACACUGGUGGUGCUCCAUCCGCAAACACUGGCUUUCGUCCAUCAGUUUACACAAGUGCUAGUCCAUCGGCAUACACUGGCGGCCAUCCACAACCAGGUGUCGGUCCGCCAGCACAACCAGGUGUCGGUCCGUCAGCACGCACCGAUGGUCGUCCACCAGCUCACACCUCUGUCCCGCCAUCAUAUACCAGCAGCUCGUCAGCACCACCUGGAGCAAGAACCGCAGUUCCGAAGGCACAGAAGAAGAGUGCCAAGGUGCCCUCAAAGCCAGCUCCUACUCCACUCCACAAGAAAAAUAGUGAUACUUUCUGGACAAAAUGUAAUCUAUGCGACAUGCAGUACGAGUACCUCCGGAUGUAUCUCAACGGUAUUCUCCGUUGUCCAAGCUGUAAGAAGCCAUUCAUGGCUUUAGAGAUGGCUCAACCGCGUUUUUCCAAAAAAUGCAAGCCCGUGCCUUAUCCGGCAAAUAAGAAACCGUCUGAAAAUUCAACCACUCAAAAUGCUGAAGAUCCGGCUCCUUCUGUGGCGUCAAGGGGACCCACUUUUGUUGUGAUAAAACAGCUUCCAAGGGAUAAGAAGAGAAGAAGUCGUCCGGCCCCAACAUUUGAUCCAUGUCCUAAGAAAGCAAAAGUAGAUGUUGGUAGUAACAGUUCCCGAGUGAACAUUAAUGUGGCACAGGGACCGAAUAUUUACGAUUUUUCCUGGCAUGAAUCGUAAUAUUGCACAGGGGUUUGGCGGCUUUGGAACUAUAGCUGGAACUGGAUCAAAGACUUAAUUAUGAUUACCGAUACGUGGGACCUCAUUUGUGGACUAGUUGAUCUUCGUCAGUUAUAU